GGAGAGAGAGAGAGAGAUCUCAAGUGAUUCGGCUGCCACAUGCAACAUGGCUUCCUGGUGGGUUUGGCCAGUGAUCUGGAUGUACUUGUUGGCUAUGCUGCCCGGAGCGCAGGCUUUGGAUGGAGGGGAUGCGGUAGCACUGCUGCUGGGGCUGGCUCUCAGUGUCAUAGGGAUCUGUGCGUGUCUGGGCUGGUACUCACGGAGGAGAAACGCGCAACUCUGAAACCAGGGCAGGAGGAAGAGAAGCCGGAGUCUUUCCAAAGCACCAACGAGCGAAGGGGCUCCCUGGUCGCGACAGCCUUAUUAUCCUCAAGAGAUGCAUGACCCUCCGGAGAAAGAGAGAGGGAGGUCGCGCCGGAACAGACAAGACACACGUCCUCUUGGGUUUCACAGACUCUUGAUUGCACCAGCGCCGUGAGAAGUUGCCCGUUUGAUUGCUCCUGUUCGUGCUCAGCCUCUCUCUCUCACACACACACAGACACCUAGUGUCUUCCCCAGGACCACCACUUUGGCCAGGGAGGAACAUCCAACUCCAUCCUCCUCAGCGUGCGUUGGGAAAGCUGCUCGAACCAAGUUUUACUACCCUCGGGGCGUUGCUUCAAAGCUUCAGUGAGGUUUUAUUUGAAUGUGUUGUUUUUUUUUAAUUAUUACCCCAAAAAAAUACGACGAACGAAUCCCACGCCGAUUUUUGGAGCGCCAAACCCAAAAUGAAACACGGAAGUUGAAGUUAACAUGCUCGCUUGCUCCUGGUCCGCACUCUGAUCCAAACGCUGUCAUUGUUUCUGAGCAAUUGUGACAGUCCUUUCCUCUCCGUCCGUGGUUGCACCAAAACGUUAAAGUAAUUUAUUUCAAGCGGUAGAGUAUUUUUAGGUUUUGGUUUAAAUUUUCCACGCGGCUGCUCCCGAAUUCGGCCUCGCUUGAUUAUUGCCACCUAGCGACAUUUAUUUUUUUUUGAAAAGAGAUGUUCGUCAUAAAUACAGUUCCUUGCUUUGUGUUCCCUAAACAUUUACCCCACACCAUCCUCUGGACUUCUCACCGGCUGCUGUAAAGAAGACAUUUAUUGAUCCAGCAAACUAAUACGGUGACUGGAAAAUGUUAAUGUGUGAUUUGUAUCAAUUUGAAUUUUCAUAAAGACAUCAUAAUAAAUCACGAUGUCUUUUGAUUUGUGGAAAAUGAACUUAAAAGUUGUAAUUUAUUUAUUAACUGUUAUAACAUAGUAGUUUUAGUCUAGCCUCUAAGUGCAAGUUAAAGACGAAUACUAUUUUAUAGCAUCUUUCUACAGUUGGGUUCCUCCUGAACAUUAUAAUUGCCAAAAAGAAAAUCACAAUCUUUUGUACAUUUUGGGAUUAUUCUCAACUUUGUUCAUCUUGUCUCCAUUCCAAGUUGUAGUUUGUUCACUUGCUUAGACGAAAUUAGCGGUGUUUGGUUUAGCUCAGUUGAUUGGACGGUUGGUUUGCAAAACAGUGUGAUGCCAACAGUGUGGGCCCAAUUCCCACACCUGCUAAGGUUACUGUGUCUCAACCUCUCUCCUCACCUGAGGUAUGGUGGCCCUCUGGUUAAAUCACCAUGAGUGAUCUCUCCCUCAUGAAUGAGAGAGCAGGCCAAUGGUCUGGCAAGACUUUGGUGACACAAAUCAAAAAAAGAUGAAAUGGUGAUGAACCAGUCUGUGGAAUACAAGACUCUUCCCCUGUGUACAAUAAAUGUAACAGAAGCCCUGAAGCUGUGCUUAAGAUCCCAGUUUGAACAGAAGGUGAACUCUUAUUUAAGUAACUUAUUGAAACUCAAAAUGCUGCCAGGUAGUGACAACAAAACACUUUUUUCACUAUCUUCAAUAUAUAUUAAGUUUUUUUUUAAAACAAUCAUCGUUUAACUAACUGAAAAAUCCACUCAACAUCCCACAUUCUGCAUAUUGAUUCCAGAAAGACUGAUAAUUGAAUUUGAGCUAAUUAAACUGGCUAAGAAUUAUUUGGGUGUGCUUAAGUCUGAGCUACAAACAACUGAGCAAUGGCUAAACCAUUCACUGUGAAGGCUGCUAACUUUGAAAUUUAACAAUCCUCUUCCUGUCAUUAGAUUGCCUUUUAUAAAUGUUAAUAUGCAUCAUGCAGCAGAUGUUAGCAGUUAGUGGCCUUUGACAUUGUUGUAUCAUGGCAAUAUAGUUAAAUGACAAAAUUGAGAGGGUGGGGGCGGAACAUGCCUUAAACCCUGGAUGUUUGGAGAUUUUAUGUUUUCAUGCCUGAUUAUUUUGAUGAUACAAACGUUGUAGCAGUUUGUUGAAUUCACUUAUGAUUGUUUGUUUAUAGCCCCACCACUUUCUUAAAUGACACUUAUUUUGUGUUGUGAAUUGGACAUGUUUGUUUCCAGCUUUCAGGGUUAAUUCAACUCAUGAUACAUAAGGACUCUUAAAUCGAUAAACUAGGCCUGUAAAGGUAGAGUUCUUUUGAAAAGUUUGAAAUCAAAGCCAAAUGUGUCUGUACUUCCUGUUUUUUGGCUUCCACUUUGUUCUGCUUUCUAUUUGAUUCUUCAGUGGCUCUUAAUUCUGAACAUGCUGCAUCAUGAAAUUCAUGCAUCCUAUGGGUUAUUUAUAGCGCACAAUGCAUUGACUUUGUGUUCAUGCUAUGCACUAGAUUUUAUGAAUUAUGUACACAGCAUAAAUUUUCAAGCAAUUGCAUGUAUGUAUGUAUAUACAUCUUAAAAUGUUGUGCUGUGGCAAAUGUACACCAAAAAGUAUACUUGAAAUCAAGUAUUAACAAAUUUAUUUUAAGUUUAGUCAGAUCAUUGCACAUGUCCGUCAGUGAAUCUUGACUGAAGGUUUCAGCUUCGAUCAACAAAAAAGGGUGUCUUAACUCUCCAUCUACUGUGAUGCUGUUUUGACAAAAGAUCGCGUAUAUAAUUUGAAAUGUACUCUAUUUCCUGUAGUGAUUCCUUUUGGUAUAUUGGGGCCUGUGACGUGUCUCCCUUCAGUCUGUUCUAUGGGGAGGUUGUGGCAUUGUAAUGACAUAACUCGACCGGUAAUCUAGAUACCCAGAUCGUGUUUUUGAGACCCAGAUUCAAAUCCAUGUCUGAUUCAUAGCAGAUGGUGAAAUCUGAAUUCAAUAAAAAUCUGGAAUUAAUCCACUGAUGAGCAUGAAA